GAAGCUAAAAAAGUGAUUUUCCUUCCAGUUUUUCGGCAAUACACUAGAUAAAUAAACUACGACAAAAAUCGAAUUUCCUUCGCGAUCGUUGACGGGUGUUUUGUGGUGAAAGUGCCUACCAUGUACCAUCAGAUAGUGAAAGAUAUCGAAAUGGAAGAAUCAACAACACCGAUCAAAGUGGAAGAGUCAGCCUCGAUAAAAGUGGAAGAGGUUAUAAUAAAUGAUGCUCUACCCUAUUCGGAGGGUGAAUUAUCAGUUGCCGGCCCAAGUGUCCUUGUGAAACAAGAACCCGGACCCGAUAGCGUCGAUGCGAUUGAGGACAGGCUACCCGUGGCAUCUACAGCAGCAGAUGAUGAAACAGCAGCUUGCAGUUCCAGUGUGCUGAUGGACACAACAACGCAAAAUCGCCUGAAGGAAUUGAUCGGACUUUAUCAACAAGUGAAUCAUCGUCUGGAUCUCAUUGAGCAGCGUACGGCGGACAUCACCAUUCAAAAUGAACUCAUCCUUGAUGAAGUCCGAAAGCUGAAUUCCCGGCUAAACGAUUCCCGACAUCAUCCCGAAAUGAACGGAUCGCGAAAAUCGACUGGAGAACCUUGGGAUUUCUGCUUCAGUCCUGUUGAACGAGAGGAAGAACUAGCCGAUCUGGAGCUUAACUUGGCGGACGACGACUACAAAUCAAAAAUGGUCAAAUGGCUGCGCGUACAUUGUAGCGAUAACUGCGCAGACAACCGCAUGCUACGCGUUCUGGAUCUGUUGAUCAGCAAGGAAAUGCAAACGAAGUGUACCUGGACUGGAGCCAGCCGAAAGGGACCGAAAAUUGCAAUCAUGCCCUAUCGUAAUAUGUUGCAGCUUUUCAUAGAAGUUGGUAGUGAUGAUACGGAAGUGGUUACGCAGCAGAAACUGACAAGCUUCUUUAUGAGAAAGCUUAAGAACUCACUUAAGCGCCUAGCCGCUACCGGUGAACGUCGAGGAACCAGACACGUGAGAAGAAAAAAAACUGAUAACGAAGUGGUGGAGGGUUAAGCCAAGUCGUGGAGGAUGGAUCUGGUCCUGGGUUAAAUGAUGCUUCAUCUAGAGGAGAGCAGGUGAAAUUGACUGAUGAACCGGACAACACUAUGGCAGCCAUUCUUGAUCUGAGUCCGCUGCCGGUUCAGGCGUCGAGUCAUCCGAUGCAUUACAUCGUACUGACACGGUAUUAAUGACUGCGAAGUGAUAAUCGUGAAUCUGUUUUGUUUGAAUUUUUGUUUGAAAUUUUCGAUUGUAUGAACCAAUGGAAUA